AUGGCGGUCAGUGGUUCCCUCCUCCUGGCUACUUCCUGGGCAAGGGAGCGCGCGGCUACUCUGACCCCUGGAUCGGCCACGGCAAGGGUGGAGGGCAGCCUGGCGGGCAGCCAGCUGGAAGUGGCGCUGGCCAGGGUGCCCCUCAAGCUGGAGCUGGCGACGGUAAAGGUGGUGGAGGACGAGGCCGCGCAGCUUGCGACGUUGUCAGACAAAGCGGGCGACGCGGCCAGCGCCAAGAAGCACAGAGAUGUGGCAAAACAUUUGGCUGCACUGGAGCACCCUCCAGAAGUGGAAGUUCAUCCAGUCUUGCAAUCUCAGCGCGCGGCGGUGCGCCGCGCCGAGAAAAAGUGCGAAGGCGACCUGCAGAGGCUGCUCCAGCUGCAGAAGCAGGUUCAAGAGCCACAAGACAGAGUUCGUGAAUCCAGGAAGGCGCCGGACGAUGCGGAUGCGGAGUGCCAGAAGGCGGUGGCCAAGCUCAGCGAAUCGACCAAGGCUUCGACGAGUGUUGCUGCGGGCCCUGUCAUGACGUGCAUCAAGAUGGCCGUCAUUGUCAGUGGCAACGUGGACUUCACGUAG